AUGCAAAUUUUUGUUAAAACUUUAACAGGUAAAACCAUUACCUUAGAAGUUGAAUCUUCUGAUACUAUUGACAAUGUCAAAUCAAAAAUUCAAGAUAAAGAAGGUAUUCCACCUGAUCAACAACGUUUAAUCUUUGCUGGUAAACAAUUAGAAGAUGGUAGAACUUUAUCUGAUUAUAACAUUCAAAAAGAAUCAACAUUACAUUUAGUCUUAAGAUUAAGAGGUGGUGGUAAAAAAAGAAAGAAGAAGGUUUAUACUACUCCAAAAAAAAUUAAACAUAAACAUAGAAAAGUUAAAUUAGCUGUUUUAACUUACUAUAAAGUUGAUACUGAUGGUAAAGUUGAAAGAUUAAGAAGAGAAUGUCCUGCUCCAACUUGUGGUGCUGGUGUUUUCAUGGCUAACCAUGGUGAUCGUCAAUACUGUGGUAAAUGUCAUUUAACUUUCAAAGCUAAAGCUUAA